UUGACAUUUAUCGAAUGCCAUUGUACGAUGGUCAUUUUGAAUGCGUACAAAAACUCGAUCUUAACAUAUGUAGUCAAAUUAAGUGAGCAUUGGGAUGCAUGAUGGCAACAGCUACACUAUUGACCGCGUAACGCAUGACCGGUUAUUUAUCGUCGAUGACCCUUGCUUUUUUCCGUCAUCCCACGAUUGUUACUUUAACGAUGCGGUAGGGGCUAACCUCUGUGCAGAGAAACAGGAACCGAAGCGCAUUCAAUGUUUCCAAAGAUCCACCGGCUAGGCCCUCGUCCGUUAUUUUUCCAUCGAUGAAAGCGAUAUUGUCAUUGAAACUAGACUCAAAAACUUCCGAUAGUAGAAAUACGUUCCUGAAUAAAAGUAAAAAAAAAGCGCGGUGAAUAGUAAAACUGAAUAUCUCACUCUUUAGGUUAUCAAUGUCGUCGUAUUCUAACCUUCGCAAUCCUUUAUUGCCAAGUCCUCCUCAAGGAUCGCGAACAUUCAAGGAUCUGUCAUCUGCAUCGACGGCCUCAUUUCGACAGUUCUUUAACCGUCCGUUUCGUAAUCUUUCCACCACAGGGUCUCAACUUCGAUUAGCUCCCACCAAACGCGUGGUUCCUUCCAUCUCUGUGGAUGGUCAUAGAAAGCAGCUAUCAAAGCGCCCUCAGACUGUCACUCCUAAUACCACAGUAACCCAGGAUCCCAUUAUUCAUUACAAUGGACCCGUAGAAACACUUGAUCAAUUACCGGAAGAAAAAUUAGCAUGGAUCAAGCAUGAAUCUUCCCUGGAUACAGUCACUCUUCGACACCCGUUGACCCACUGUGACAGACCCAUCGUUUUUUGCAAACCACAUCAGCGUAACCGCACAUUUCCCACUGCUCUGUGUUCUAUGCCGACUCGUCAAAUGAAGCCGAAAGCCAUGUUCUAUAUGCGAGUAUUGCAGAUUAUCAAUCAGAGUUCCUCAAAACCCUGCGUUUAUCGAUGUUCGCUUCAGUUAGAGGAAGAAAUUAGCUUUGGUACUCACGUCAUGAGUGAAAAAAGCGGCAAAAGCAGCACAGAAGCCAAUUUGGAUGAAACCUUCCUCUUUGAUGUAGAAAACACGACAGUAGCGAGUUUGCGAUUGUACGUUCAGCCGAGGACGACCUUGGGAAGGUUAACAAGCAAAUUCCGGGCUCAAGAAGUUUGUGUUGGCAAAGAAGAUGUGGCAGUGCAUCUGCAACCGAGCGAUAAGCAAGUCCAACGAUUUACUUUACGUGGCUCGGAAGCCGGCGAAACCCGCAUCUAUCAAGUGGUGGCCAUUGUAGGCACUUUUGUAAGCGACCGGGCACAGACAUUGCUGGAAAGUCGACGCAUCUUUGCUGGUUUCCUCACCGUGUACGUUCGAGGCAAAUACAUCCCGCGUUGGGAUCGAUAUCAUGCGGUGCUUUAUGGGACCAAAUUGUGUCUGUAUGAUUUUGAGUACAAAGAGACGCGCCGUUGUCUGCAUACCAUCCCAUUACAGCAUUUUUACGACGUAUUUCAUCCCGCGAUGGACGAUGACGAACGUCAAGUGGAUGUUGGUUCGUUUGGUCUGGCUUUGCAGUUUUCCGAAAAAGCAGUGGGAAUGCAAACUGUCACCGAGGGCAAUUUUGAAUACAGAAUUUACGUCUUGCCUGACAACGUGCAAAGUUCAGAAUCUUGGGAAGUUGCAUUUACCUAUGCGGCUUCGCUUUUGGAAGAGUUUCGGAUCGAAACCGAUGAUGAUGUGCAUCCAUUGCCAUCUAUGCACGAAGAAAUUGAACAUGAUAACAAUGACCAAUACUAUUCGCAUGACAAGAACCACCACGGUCCAUCCCUUGUACCAGCUAAAUUUAUGUGGUAAAAAGGUGAAGCAGAUUAAAGAGAAAAAAAGUAAUCACAGCUUGAUAAUGUGAUCCGCAUGGACCAAAUAGACUUGC